UCAAGUUCUGUCGACGUUAUGUUUAGUUAUUUUGUAAUAAUUCGAGUGUAUCAAAUUACUGAAAUAAUAAUAUUAUUGCUGGAUGUGUGUUUAUUUGUGUUGUUCGGUUAUUGGUCACGGGACAAGCACGCCAAGUACCGGAACUCCUCUGUUACACCUACGAUCAAUCACAUCACAUAGAGGCCGGAAGUUUCCUUCCGCAAUGGCUGCAGCAACCAGUGGAGGACCCGAAGUCGGAACUCGUGUAGUAGUUAGUCGACUCUUGGCGGCCAGUAGUUACCGCCUUACACGGUUUUGUUUUAUUCAUCGCAAUGGGCUGCGGAACCAGCACCGGCGCUGGUUGUCGUCUCAACAAGGAGUUAUACUUGCCGUCGACUGAGUUGCGUUUUAACGCCGGACAAAUCCAAAGACUCAACGUCAAUUUUCUCAGUGGAUAUGAAAAUUUGGAUGAUCUACCCACAUGUGGUAACUCAAGAGAAAUUAAAACUACUAUCGAUCAAAUAAUUCAAAGAUUGUUGUGUGGCAUUGGUAUUUUGGACAAACGGUUUGCUAGUAAAUUUUUAGUUAAUUCAGAACCAAUUUCAUCAAAUGUACAAUUGUCAAAAAGCUACACUUAUUAUGUUCGGCUAGAUUCACUAUCAGAGCCAAAUUUAUAUGAAGACGAUUAUGAAUAUUCUGUGAGAUGUGUUACAGAAGAAGAUAAUGCACCUCAAGGCUUUGUUAAAAUCAGAAUAGUAUCUAAUCAACCGGAACAAUGGAAUGACCUAACUGAUGAUUACGGAUAUCUCAGAAGAGACAAAGUAAAAAUGCGUUUUAUUGAGCUGCUCGCCAUAUCUGCGUCUAAAAUUGAUAUUCUUGAUUCGCCAGAAAACGUAGACGAAAGUUAUUUGUGUGGGUGUCCUGGAAAAAUUAUAGAUGCUGGUGUACUGCACGAAAUUAUCAACAUACCUCCAGAAGAACAUAUAUAUUUUGGUCUUGGAUUUAGUGGCCAAAGUAGAUUUCCCGACAUUAAAGAUCUUUGUAUAAACGUGGUUGAGGACGCCCAAUGUGUAAAGCUCCGAGUAUCUGGUCCAAAACUACCUACCGAAGUUGCAAUUGUUCUUUUACCUUUCAUUCAAUUUGAAAGUUUUCCAAAGUACACCGAUUUAUUAUCUAGAGUGCCUAUAACUCAUCCUGAUAUUCUUUUACACCAGAGAGCUUGUUCCAUGGGGUAUUUUGUAGUUCCUAUAACACCUCACCAAUCUGUACGCUGUUUUGACCGUCAAUCUACCUGGCAAAUUCGAUUCCCAGGUGCGGAGUGUUUAUAUCAAACUCAUUACUCCGAACGCAGUGUAAUUAGCAAUAUAAAUCAUUUUUUACAAACUAAAAUACCCAAGUUAAGAAACGGAGAUAGCGGCGUGUGUGUAGUUAGUGGUUACAUCCUCAAAUCACUUUUAUGGUUUCGCUUAGAAGAAUGUGGGUCUAUUGAACAAUGGGACCAUGGGUGUGUGGCAGGUCACAUACUAAUCAUAUUGGACACUUUAGUAGCUGCUCUCCGAGCUCAGCAUCACCGUUCAUACUUCUUUCCUUAUGUAAAUAUUAUACUGAAUUCCCCUAAAGCUGGUCGUACUAUUGUACCAGAGGAUGACUAUCAAAAUGAUGUAGAAAUAAUAGAAGCUUACAUGUAUGGAUUAUUCGAGAAAUCUCUGGGAAGUGACUCGAUAGUUACAGGCCAAGCAUUCGAAAAUCCCGAUCAAAGCUAUUGGAUGAACUUAGAAUCAGUUAUGUUACAUAAAUGGCAUAGAGUACUUGAUACAAUAAGUCCAAAACAAAGAAAACGAGAAUAUUCAAAAAAACAAUUAGAAUACAUAAGUGAAGUUUUCAAGGGAAUGUUAGCAACAAGGAAUUUUGGAAAAGAUACAACAUCAUGGUGCUUUUUAAAUGAAGAGAAAUUACCUCAUUGUAUAGGAGGAGGAAGAAGUGGUCGAAAAGAAGUCAGUUUAGACACUGCUUAUCUUGUGUCUGUAGUAAUAGAACAAGCGUUAGCAGCUAUAGGAACUCGCAGGGACAUUAAAUCGGUAUCCGAAAGAAAUCUCGGUGUACCCUGUUUUAAAAUUUUUCGGAAUAAAAGAUCAGACCGCCAACGUAGGAUACGCUGCCCAAUCAGUCGUCGUAUUUCAGAUGACAAAAACGAAGCUGCUCGGCAAUUACUAAGUAGCGUUUAUACUGAUGCAGUGACUACACAUUUUAAAGACGACUUCGAUUUAGUCAAAUUUGUAUUAGAUCAUUUGCAUACAGCUGCUCAAUCCGACAGGCGUUUAACACCAUCACUUCAACCAUUCCUACAACAACUGUAUGAUGUAUCGCGCAAAACGUGUUGGCAUUUAGAUGAAUGGCAACGACGCUGGGAUAAAGAAGAGCUCCAUUCUCUUGGAACGUUUGCCAGACUCCUUUGCCGCAAUGCUAUACAGCCAACUGAGGCUUUACAUGAUGCUAUACAAAAAGGUUGGUCAUGGGCUGAUAACCUAUUGCAAGUUUUAAUGGAAUUCCAGGAUGGUGUAGAAAUAAUUUGUAUUCCUGAAUCAAACAAUGUACAACGCUUUAGCAUAUCGCUACCAAAAAUAGAAAAGGAAAAUUUUGCGUCUAGAAGUUUAGGAAGAAUGACUGAUAAGAACUAUUUUACAAGAGCAGAUACAGUUUCUAGCAAAUUUAAAACAGUCAGAGGAUGGUCGUUCUUAGACGUCGAUUCGAUUUUAAGUAGCCAAAAGAAAAAUACUUCAAAAGAUAUAACUACUAUUUAUAAUUGCCUACAUUGUCAAAGUCCAAUGACUAAGGCCGUAACUAGUAGCAGACAAAGGAGCAAUCAUCGAGUCUUAGGAAAUAUUGUGAAUGCAUUGAUAACAUUACAAAAAUAUACAAUUUUGCAGGAAAUGUGUGCUGUUUUGCCAGAAGAUAAACAAGGACCCGUAUUAGAUGAUAUUCGGAAGAUCAGUAAAGAGAGACAACGAAAACGCCGUGAUCUGUCUUUGAGUCAGGAUGUUCAAACGACUGGUAUCUAUAGAUCGAUGUCUGAAUUAUCAUUAUCGCCAAAUUUGCAGAAUGUUCUAGAUUCUCAUGAUACCUCCUCAAUUACUUUACCUGAUUUAAAAAAUGUAAUUUCAGAAAAUAGUUUAUUGUCCACUUUAAGGAUAGCUAGACAUAAACAGUCAAAUAACGCAACUACAGUAUAUAAUCCAGCGUUCUAUGAUGCUCCGGUGGCUUUUACACAUAAUGAUACCUCAGCUAUUGGUAGAGUUCAAAAUCCUCUAUGCCAGCCUUACUUACGCAUGACCCAAAACAAUGAAUUUAGCUUAUCUACCGACCCAAUGCCGUUUAAUGAUGCCACUAAAUUAUAAAUUCAAGUACAUUCAAACAUCUAAAUAAAGUACCAAGAAUUUAUCAAAAUUUGUUUAUUAUUGCAUCAUAAUUCACUUAAGUCGAAUUUGUUUAUAUACACGGUAUUUUAUUACACUUUAUUAAUUGGCAGCUGGAACAAAAUUCAAA